CUUGCAAGCAACUUGCAUCUUGCUAAAUGGCUGAUUCUCCGUUAAAUAACUCCUGGCCUUCCUUCUCGAAAUUCUGGAUGAAGCGCUGGUCAUUUAAAAAAGAAUGUAAGCAAUGCCCACACGAGUUUCCCCCAGUCCAGGAGCAAUCUCUCCCAGCUUGUGUAAAUGUUGAUAAUCAGUCGAACUCGCCAAGUGAGAUAGAGGAGAUGUACUUCAACAGGAUGGCUGAGGGCAAGGAUGAUCCCUUCCAGGAUUAUGAUGACUCUGCGACAGAUGCCACCAGCAGCCUAGAAGAUAUCGCCUCCUUGGAUUCAUCACUGCAUCUAAGUUCAAUGCCCUUUGGAGAGCUUCCUCGGCUUCCAGUUACUAGUAGUUUAGAAGAUAUCACCAGCGCAGACACUGUUUCAACCUGCCCAGAGCAACUCAGCAACAUUGGGAAACAUAAUGUUGUUGCUCAGCUUGUGACCUACUGUCCUUUACAAAAAACUACAGGAGCCAAAAGGCUUUCCCUGAUGCAAAAGGCUGGUGAGUGUGGGUUGGUGGAUGGAGCUGGAGAGGAUCAGAAUAACAGUGCGUCUGAUCUUGAGAAUGCAACAGACAGCGAUCAAGAUUCAUUUCCUUUGCUAAUCAGGUCCAUGUCCAGCUCCAGAAGGCACAGCUGGGAAGGACCUUUAUCCCCUUCAGCACUUGGAGACACAAGAAGAAGGCUCAGCCUCGAUAUGUUAGGUAUCGACAGUGAUGGAGAAGGCGAUAGAGAGGAUGAAGAUCAGUCGGACCUGUCACAGGACCGGUCAGCGUAUGAAUUAACAGAAACGCUCAGCUCCGCCAUAGUCAGCACGGAGAAUGAUCUGCAGGCAACCAGAGCUCAGGGGAAAGCCAGCUCAAGCAUGUCUGAGGACGAACUGACCGAGCAGAUGAAAGCGGGUACAAAGAUGCGGCCACGAUUAGAGACAGGCUAUUCUGGUUCCUUCAAGGGAGCUCAGUGCUGCACUUCCCGGAGUCGGGCUGCAUCCCAAUCCAGAGAGACAGAAGCUGAAACCUCCCUGGAGAUUCAAGAGGAAAAGGAAAAUCAGGAGCCCAACCACUUGCUGGUUCAACAAGUGCUGCAUGAACUGAAGACCUUUCAUGGUGCAAGAACAGUGUCAGGACCUGGCGAGCUGCUCCGUUCCGCCUCCCCGCACAAUCUCACCUGGAUGGAAUUUCUUGCAGAAAAGGAGGAUGUUGAGAAAUGUGACAGACCUGAGAAAGGAACUAAAGUGAAAAGAACAUUAAGUUCUCUCAAGAACAGAGUGACCGGCUCCUUUAAGGAUAAGGUUAGGACUAAAGAGAAAGAAAAGGAAAGUCCAAAAGAAAAGAGAAAGUAUAACAAUGGCCACCAAUUGGUGCCAGGAACAUUUUCCAGUUCUACCAGCUGUUCCCUGUGCAGCAAACCGCUGAGUGGUAAAACCGGUUAUCAGUGUAUGAACUGUGCAGUGAAUGUACACAAGAAUUGCAGGACACUUCUAGCUGAAUGCUCCAUUUCCAAGGGCAAGCCAAAGGAUUCCCAGCAGAAGUAUACUAGAAGUUCACAGAGCACUGCCCAGCACGUAUCUUCAGUGAAGGAGCAGCCUCGGUGCUUACUGCUGGUCACGGAUGGCACACCUAGCGCUGUGCAGAGUAUCGGCAUGACCAUUCCACCAAGGCGACCUUCCCAACCGUCUUCAACAAGCACUAACGGCAUCGCUAGUCACGGAAUAACUUCAGGGGAGAUGGAGCAGGAGGUGGAGAAUGGAAUCCCAAAAAGCAAGUCUUGUGCUGAGGAAACUCCGAAUCUGGCUUCAUCAUUUGUCGAGUCCCUUGUGGCAGAGGACACCAUUUAUGCUUCUCUGAAGGCAGAGUUGGAGGCAGACGGCCAGGACUUUGAAGCUGAAUCAUGGAGCAUUGCAGUGGACCAGGCAUAUGCAAAGAAACAGAGCAAAGAAGUAAUCAAAAGGCAGGAUGUGAUUUAUGAGCUAAUGCAGACAGAGAUGCAUCACCUUCGAACUCUGAAAAUCAUGCUGCACGUGUACAAUCGAGGAAUAACGGAGGAGCUUCAGUAUAGUGACAGGCACAUAGUCAACAGAAUCUUUCCCUGCUUACACCAGCUUCUGGAAAUUCACAGAGCCUUCUUCUUGCGGCUGAAGGAGCGGCGGAAAGAUUCCUUAGAGGAAGGGAGUGAACAGAAUUAUCUCAUCCAGCGAAUUGGUGAUAUCCUCACACAACAGUUUUCAGGUGAAUAUGGAGAGGAACUGAAGACGCAGUAUGGGGAUUUCUGUGGUCAGCACAACGAGGCAGUAAAUUAUUACAAAGAAAUGUACCAGCAGAACAAGAAGUUCCAGAACCUAAUCAAGAAAUUAAAUAAUUACUCUGUGGUGAGACGCCUUGGAGUGCAGGAAUGCAUUUUACUGGUCACCCAACGUAUAACUAAAUAUCCUGUCCUGGUGGAGAGGAUUAUUCAGAAUACUGAAGCUGGCUCGGAGGAUCAUGAAGAGCUGACCAAGGCGUUGCUUCUGAUAAAGGAUGCAAUAACUGAGGUGGAUGAGAAAGUGAGCGAGCACGAGAAAGCUCGGCGUUUGAAGGAGAUUGCGAAUCGGAUGGAACCCAAGUCAAUAGCCAAGCUCAAGAAUAGAAAUACCUUUCGUAAAAUAGACAUGCUGAGAGCAAAGAGGAAACUUUUGCAUGAAGGAGUUGUCUGUUGGAAGGCUGCAUCCGGACGAUUAAAAGAUAUUCUAGCCCUCGUCUUGUCAGAUGUGAUUCUGUUACUUCAGGAAAAGGACCAGAAAUACUCGUUUGCUACAGUGGACCAGAAACCAGCUGGCAUCUCAUUGCACAAGCUGAUUGUCAGGGAAGUGGCCAAUGAAGAGAAAGGAAUGUUCCUCAUCAGUGCCUCUGACGAAGGGCCCGAGAUGUACGAGAUCCACACCAACUCUAAGGAGGAACGCAACACUUGGAUGGCUGUUAUCCGGGAUGCAAUUGACAGGUACCCAAUGGAAGAGGCAGCCCUGGGUGAAGAACGGCAGCAGGAUGAGAGAAGAGCAGCCCGAAUCAAAGAGCUCCAGCAAUCUCUGAGCGCAAAGGAUGAAGUGCUCAAGCGGACCCUGACUGAGAAGUUGGAAAUUUACAGCGAUAUAGCGGAAGUUAAUGGGUAUCUGGAUGCCGGAAGACCACGUGUGCUGCUUCGAGCUGACACCCUGGAGUCUCAGCGAGAUGUCAUACUUAAUGAAGCACUGAAAGAAAUUGAAAACCUUCAAAACUUAAUUGCCGCUCAGCCCAGCAGCAUAAGCUGGCAGUCGGAUGACAGCUUGGGCUCCUCAGGGUUGCCACGGCGAGCAGAGACGUUUGGAGGCUACGACAGCAGUUCCGCUAAUCUAACCAAAGAUGCUUCCAUCAAAAAAAAGUCAAACACACUUUCUUCCAGCAGCGAGCUGAAGUUGAAGGAAAAGGCUGGAUCUCGGGCUAGUUCUGAACCUCAACUGCAGGACAUGUGCAGUGACAGUGAGAGUGGGCGAAUGAGUGAUCUAUCCCGAUGGUGCAGCAUUAGUAACAGUUUUCUGCAUGAUACAGAGUUGGUCCAUAGUGUGCAGAUGCUGACAUCACAGCUGUACAAGCUGAAGGUUCUGAUUGCCCAACAGGACAGCUACAUUGAGAUGCAGCGGUGCACAGGUGCAAGUGGGGAGCGGGAUAGGCAGUCUCGUCCUUCAGGCUCGCGCGGGAGCCUGCUUCUGGAACAGGAAAAACAGCGGAACUUUGAGAAACAGCGUGAGGAAUGGGCCAAUGUCCAGAAGCUGCAGAACCAGGUGCGGCAGGAGCAGCAGAAAUGGGAGCGGGAAAGAGAUCGCCAGAAGCGUGAACUUGAUGCCCAGGAGGCUCGGCUCCAGGAGCGCGAGGAGGACUUGCAGCAGCUGAAGGAACGGUUAGCUCAGGACCAGGAGGAGUUGGAACGACACCGGCAGGAAUACCAGCAGGACCUGGAGCGUCUCCGAGAGUCCCAGCGAACGGUAGAGAAAGACAGGGAACGCCUGGAGCAGCGACAGCGCAAACAAUUGAAGCACAACACAGUCCUGUUUCCAACUGAAGCUGGACAGAUCCCAGCCUUUCCUCACUCACAGAGCCUUGACGGGGACAGAAUGGAAGUGAACCCCUUACCGCUGAAUGAGGGGGGAAUGGCCCAGCACAGCCUCAAGUAUGGACAGCCGAACAUGGUGGCAGAACUCUGCGAGCGAUCCAUUGAAAUCCAGCUUCACAGGGAGAACAGCACUGCCUCGAUGUUUGUACGCACUGAGAAUCGAUCGUCCCUUGGGCCAAAGACUGAGAUACCCAUCCACCUCGUGAGUGCCACCAAUCAGAUUAUGAAGCACACCGGAGUCCAGCAGAAAAUCCCCACCAAACUUGCCACCUUGAAAGGAGGAAAGGAGAAGGGUGGGAAAGGAAAGGACCGGCAGACCGUUUCUGGCAUGCCCUCCUUCUCAAUAUCACAUGGCACAGGAUCAGUCACUGGAGACCUCCGACAAAACAAUCCGGUGAAGUUUUUUGCAAAGGAUGAUGGGGCGUUAAGAGGCAGGAGGUCAUCGAGCCCAAUGAUAUCGAGCAGCCAAAGUUUCUGCCACCAAGAAUCCUCGAUCCCCGUGGACAUUCAGCAUGAUCUACAGCAUGCACUAAGCACAUCAGUGCCGAGUGGAAGCCCUCAGCCCCAGGGUGUGCCCAUUGUUGCAGUGACACAGCAGCCAACGCCACCCAGCGUGAAGGACGACUCUGGCGCUGAGAUCAUUUUCUUCUGAAACACCCGAGCAGCAGCAGAACAUCCAGCGCAGUCAUUGGUAGACACGGAAACCCCAGAAGUUCCCAAAAUCUGGUGACUUUUCGGUGAUGCUUCAUCGAAAAAUGGGAAUGUCACGUCAGGAAAGGGCUGGGGAUCUUAGGAUUUACCCUGCUGAUGCUCACUGUUCAAACGCACACAUGAAGAAUGUGAUGUUUGGAAAAGCUGAAAUGCCAACUUUCAGAUGAGACAUUAAACUAAGGCCCAAUUUGCUGUCUC